AUGUCUAAGUCUAGCCAGUCCGUCCAUAGCAGUCACGGGGCGACAGAGGAUGGUCGUUCCUUCGAGGAAGGGAGCUACACCAACUGGCAUCUAGGCGAGCCAAACAACUUCGACAAUCAGGCCGAGAACGUUGCCAUGAUGAACUUCGACAUGAAGGAGUACUCGGUGGAAGAGUCGAAGCCUGGUGCUUGGGCCACGGGCGAGUGGUACGAUGUGUCAGGAAACUGGCGCCAGCCCACUGCCAUCUGCGAGAAGGAUCGAGGCGCUGAGGCACAGCGCUGUCCAGACGACUGGAGCAGCUUCGAGUGGAGCUGCUACAAGAGGUUGGAUUGGCACUGGGACUUCCACACCGCUUCGGAACGCUGCCUGGAGUUUGAUGCGCACCUGGUGACCAUUGGCACCGUAGAGGAGCAAAUUUUU